CUCGGGUUAAUUGGAUGAUCCGGGUCUGUCGCCUGUUGCGCUACGUCUGGAUGGAAACGCAGCGCGCAAAGGAGACGCGCGUCUUUCCGAUGAGCGCGUUCAUGUUAUCAGACUUGUGUUGGACCGAGUGAAUCAUGAAUGAAUACAACUUAAAGAUGGAUCUCCCUGCGGUGAACACCUCCUCGUUGAAAGCGGAGUCUGUGCUCAUUUCUCUGGGGUUUUCUCUCAUCUUCCUGCUCGGCACCGUGGGGAACUCUCUGGUGCUCGCGGUUCUGUUUCAUAACGGGCAGAUGAACCACAAAACCACCAACCUCUUCAUCCUCAACCUCGGGAUAGCGGAUCUGAGUUUCAUCCUCUUCUGCGUGCCCUUCCAGGCCACCAUCUACACCCUGGACGAGUGGGUGUUUGGAGCCGUGCUGUGUAAAGCCGUACACUUCUUCAUCUUUCUCACCAUGUACGCGAGCAUCUUCACCCUGACGGCCGUGUCCGUGGACCGGUGCGUAAAAUCAGACCCUACAAACUUGAAAGAUUAUCAUGUAUUAUGUGCAAAGUCAGGCGAGGAACAAAAUACUUAAAAUUCUUUACUCUAAUUUUUAAUUUAAUUAGAUAGAUAGAUAGAUAGAUAGAUAGAUAGAUAGAUAGAUAGAUAGAUAGAUAGAUAGAUAGAUAGAUAGAUAGAUAGAUAGAGUUUGUCUCCAAUCAGCAGUGAUUGAUGAACCUUUUCAAACACGUAGGCAAACAAACAAUCCAAGGCUGAGGUAAACAGAAGCAGCUGAAGCCCAAUUAGUGUCCUGGUAUGCACAUCAGCACACCCACAGCAGACGGUCUGCAGCAGCAGCACUGAUCUCUAUGUGUGAUGUGGUGCAUUCAUUUCCUGCAUCCUGUUUUAAAUGAUUGUUCCUGAACUCUAACGCUGCUCCCAGUAAAAGAGAGAGUUCAUUUGGGCCCACUUCCUCUGCUUUAUGAGGGUUUAAACAUCCGCUUUGUUGAUGAAUCCACUUUCACUGCAGGUUUUAUGAGGACAGUAGAUACAAAUAUUACAAAACCAAUAUGAUUUCAACAGAUUUACUCAGAUUAGUUUGAGAGCUUUGAUGAACUCCAUUUAUUACAACUAUCUGUCUGAAACUUUUGUCUUUUUUAUCGUUUAUUUGACAGCAAAUCUAGAUAAAGUUUUAUUCCAAGAUAUGAGGAGCCAGAUAGAAGAUCUGUGCUGCUUAUAAUGGAUUCAAUGGGUUGUGUAUCAGUCUCUCCUUUGUAAACCCGGCUCAGUCUCAGCAGAUGAUGGUCUAACAUCAGUUUGGUUCUGCUUGAGGUUUCUGCCUGUUAAAGGAAGUUCUUCCUCUCUGCUGUAACUCUCUAAAUGCUGUGAAGUGUUUCACUCAUGCGGUUGAAGAUGGAUCAGAGUGGGUCUGAUCUUACUCAGUCUGAUCCCAUCUUUACAUUGGGUCUUUGUAAAUAGGGGGUGGUCCAGACCAGCGUUUUUGCAAAGAAUCUUGGGAUAACAUUUGUUGUGAAUUGGCACUGUGUAAAUAAAGAUUGAUUGGCUCCUGAAAUCAGAAAUGGCGUGCCUCAUAGCUCUGUCUUUGGACCACUCUUGUAUCUAACCUACAUCAACACUAUGGUCAGAAUGUCCCCACUGCAGUUUUGUUCUUUUAUACGUGGAUGAUACCGCGACUGGGUGGCACAGUGGUGUAGUGGUUAGCACUGUUGUCUCACAGCAAGAAGGUCCUGGGUUCAAAUCUGGGUCAGGGCGUUUCUGUGUGAGUCUGAAUCUUAAGAUUAAACUUCAUAUUUAGAAAUCCUUCCAGGAGCUGAAGCUGUGGCCUUAAUUCCAGAAAUAGUCAUGGUCUUUGAUCGCUAAAAAUAAGACCUGUUGCUUAUUGACUAUAGUGAUGUCUUCUACAUGUCUGCAUCAUCUCAUCGCCUCCAGCCUCUGUAGCUCUGAGAUCAGGAUCAUAUGUCCCCCCUCUGCUCUUACAGGUACUUGGCCAUCUGCUACCCUUUGCGCUCCAGAGAGAUGAGGACUCCAAAGAACGCCCUCACCUCCAUCUGUGUGGUUUGGCUCUUGGCUCUGGUCUUCUCCAGUCCGUAUCUCAGCUACUACUCACAGAUGGACCUGGCCGGCUCUGUGGUCUGUAUUCCUGUCUGGGAGUCCAAACCACGUAUCAUCAUGGAUGUGUGCACCUUUGUCUUCGGCUACCUCAUUCCCGUCCUGGUGCUGUGCCUAACCUACGCUCGCACCAUCCGAUACCUGUGGACCAGCGUGGACCCUGUGAAGGAUGUCUCUGAGUCAAGACGAGCCAAACGGAAAGUCACAAAGAUGAUUAUAAUCGUCGCUGUUCUUUUCUGUCUCUGCUGGCUCCCUCAUCACCUGGUCAUCCUCUGCAUGUGGUUCGGACAUUUCCCCCUCAACCACACCACCUACGUCUUCCGAAUCCUCUCCCACCUGGUGGCUUACACCAACUCCUGCCUCAACCCCAUCGUCUACGCACUUGUGUCCAAGCACUUCAGGAAAGGAUUCAGGAAGGUGUUCAGCUGCUCACUGAGGAGGAGGGAGGUCAACAAAGUGCACGUCAUCCAGGCGGUGAACACGGUCAGCAGCGAAGAGACGUCAAACUGAGGAUGACAUCGAUCAGAACCAGAAGCCAAAAGAACAAUACCGGUUUAGUUGAAGAGGAACUGACUGGGAGCAGUGUCAGUCUGAGGAGCUGUGGGUGGUGUUCGACUGAAAGUUAAUUUGUCAGAAUGUUAUGUAACCAGCAGUUUGCAGAUAGAUUUCCAAUCACUUCAGCAGAAAUUAAUAUAUAGUGUUACUAAGGUAGCAACUUAUAUCUCAACUGUUUCAACUUCUAAAAAUAUGCUGCAUGAUAUCUUUUAUUGGACACCUCAUGUUGUUGCUGUGAAGUGCAAUAUAAAAUCAUGUUUAACUGUAUAUUCAUGCAUGCCUACGGUAUUAUUGUGCUGUACAGAACACCAUAUUUAAACCAUUAAACUAACAAUUGUUACAUAA